AUGACUAUGCUAGAUGAUGAAGAUGACCAAAGCUUUCACGCUACGCGUGACGGCUACUCCCAUUUGAGCGAUGUCGAAUGGGAUGCGGUUGAACGAAUGGGUUCGACCAUGGGCAUCCAUGCUGUUAGCGUCAUGCUAGAGGCUCUCAAUAGAGAUGCCCAACAUGCUACUAUCGCCAAGUUCAUCCAAAGUGAACUUGACGCUGAACGCGAGAAAUUUGAACUGUUGAGACAGCAGCAGGCUGCUGCUGGUGGGUCGAUGCACUCGCGUCGACCCGAAACCUUGAAGAUUGACAUCUCCAAGUAUAGGGGAGUCGAAGAAGACUCCCUCGAGAGAUGGUUCGUCGAAUUGGAUGACGCCAUAAGGGCGCGUCGCAUCGACGAUGGGGAUAUGCAAGUUGCAUUUGCUCAGUCAAAUCUGGCAGGACGUGCCAAGACUUGGGCUUUGGGGCUCAAGUUGCAUAUGCGUUUGGGUCGUUGGAAGUCUUCAAGUCGCGGCUCAGACAAACGUUUGAACCGCCUAGAGCUGAGUUCAGAGCUCGAACUGAACUCUUGA